AUGAGCCUGCCAGAAUUUGACAUAACCGGCCAAAAGGCCCUGGUGGUUGGCGGCGGAAGGGGAAUCGGGAAGGGAAUAGCCCUAGCGCUGGCCGAAGCUGGAGUGGAUGUGGCGGUCACCGGCCUUACGCCCACCUAUGCCGCCAAGACUGCGGAUGAAGUGCGCGCCCUGGGCCGCACCGCGGUCUCGCUGGCCGGGGACGCUACCAAGUCAGCAGACAUGGACCAGAUUGCCCAACAGGUGUUGACCGACUUUGGAACAGUGGACAUCCUGGUGAACUGCGUGGGCGACUCCAUUCGCAAACCCCUGGUCCAACUUCCCGAGGAAGAAUGGCGCCACGUAGUCGACGUAAACCUUACCGAGGCCUUUCAGGGAUGCCGGGCUUUGGGGCCGCAUUUGUUGGAACGGCGGCAAGGCUGCGUUAUCAAUAUUUCCGGGUGGGCAUCCUUCCGGGGCCGGCCCCUGUCUUCCGCGUAUGAUUCCGCCAAGACCGGCCUGAUGCGAUUCACCGAGUGUAUCGCUCAGGAAUGGGCGCCCUAUGGUGUGCGGGUAAAUGCCAUCGCUCCCGGUUACUUUCCGACCGGAGCACAUGUCGGCUGA